AUGGCAGCGUCAAUCAUCUUGGAUCCACAGCAGCCAUUUUACUUAUCCGGAGACACAGUGAAAGGCCGUGUUCGGUAUCAAUGCCUCAAACCCAGAGCCGUAGAACGCGUCGAGGUCAAGUUCUGGGGCCGAGUCAAGACUACCAUCAGCGAAAAGAAUAAUCUUAGCGGAUUGUACAACCAGUACCGAGACCGCGUCUGUCUCUUUGAGGACAACCUGAUUUCUGACGUCAACACUACCCUCGCCACUGGCGUCCACAACUGGCCUUUCGCCUUCACCUUCCCGACAACGGCCGCCCCAAGAGAAGUCAAAAGCUGGGAUUCGAAACGCACAGAAAAACAAUUGCCUGAGACGGUCCUACCUCCUUCUUUCCAGCUCAACGCCCAAGGCCUGCUCACCGGCUACUACAGCUUUAUAGCGUACUCGUUAGUAGCCUACGUCCACUUCAGCGACAGGAAGCUGAAGAAGAAGCCGGAAACCGCAGAGAUAUUGUUGGAGUUCAUCCCAUCCGCCGACGACAAGACUCCAGAAUUGGAAGGGGAUGCCCCGCACGACAAAGAUUGCAGCAUCCGCGGAUUUGAGCUCGUCCCGGAAAGUGAACGCCCGAAGCUGAAGAGGUUUAGUUUCAGCAACCCUACCAAGCCCACCUUUCGGUUCCGCAUCACUGCUUCAACACCAAAGUAUGUGAGACCAACCGAGCCUUGGAGGCUUUUGGUCGCUCUGGAAGUCUUACCACCCGAGUCCAAGGAUGUCACGGUCGCUACUCCGCCACAAUUCGUGUUGAAGUCGAUCAACAUCAAAAUGAACUCUAAGUUGGUGCUAAGGGUAGUACGAGGCAUGGAGCAUGUCCGCCAAAUCCGCGAAGACGAUGCCGGGGUUACUUUCCAGAACAUGGGAGUCCUCACGCCAGGAAAGCCAAAGGAGAUCGCCAUGGGUCAACUGAAAUACAAGCCAGCGACCACCAACUUGUCAAGCGUGAGCCGGCGAUACAAGCUGCUGGUCGAGGCGGUGAUUGAGACUGCGGACGGCGCACAAUCGUUCAAGCUGAAGUGCAAGGAGCCGGUAACUGUCGGGGCGCUGCCAGUGGGAGCUCGAGGCGGGGGUGAGGCUCAAGCACAGUUGAGAGGCAACAUUGAAAUGGCGAUUCUGAAGGAUCUGGCGGCGACGGCGGCAUUGGCGGGUCCUAUCUUGGAAAUGCUUGCAGGAUGA